AUGAUACCUCGCAUCACCGAGUCUACGCGCAGAUUCUUCGGCAAAGGAAAGUCAAAGCAAAGCCCUUUCAAUGCUUCGGGCUUUCGAGCUUUGAUCAUCGGUAUCGAUAAGUACGCCUCAGAGGCCAUCGAUAACCUUCAAGGAGCCGUUGCAGAUGCUCGAGCCGUCUACCAAUACUUGACAGAAGAACUCUUUGUUCCGGCUGACCAGAUCGUAUUGUUGACCGACAAGGCCGCUCGAAGAGAGGCUAUUCUGCGACAUCUCCGGAAUCUGGGAACCCUUACGACCGGAAAGUCGCCAGAAUCCAGUACAGCGAAUCCUAUCCUCAUCUACUUUGCCGGCCACGGCACCACUGCUGAGGCCCCCGAUGAUUGGCCGACGGGGCAUAAGAGGAUAUCAAUGAUCAUACCCUAUGAUGCGAUGUUCGCCGUCAAGUACUCGAAGGAUUUCGACGUCAAUACUAUCCGUACACGCGGCACGAAACGCGUCUACCCUAUCCCCGAUCGCACCCUUGGCGCAAUACUGCACACGAUCGCGGAGGAGUAUGGAGACAACAUUACUGUGAUUCUCGACUGUUGUAACUCCGGUUCCGGAACGCGAGAUGGCGAACGCGGGUUGGACCGUGGAGUCACCAUGAGUGACGACGAGGUGAUCCCUCCCGGUCUGGACGAGGAGAUCUGGGGAAAAGUGGUUCAAGAACGUGCUACCGACGUGCCGAGAGGCUUUGCCAAGUCCGGAAUUAGGUCUCAUGUCCUCUUGGCCGCUUGCCGCGAGGGCGAGAGGGCGCGGGAGGUGAACAAAUGUGGUGUAUUCACGCAGGAGCUUCUCAUUGCCCUGCGGAAGUGUCGAACGAGCACGGUGACUUAUGAAGAGCUGAUGGGGAUUCUUUCGAAGUUACCAGAUCAGAACCCCCAGUGCGAGGGCUACCACACUGAUCGCGUCCUCUUCACUGCUAUCGCGCCGACCAGAGGCCGCAUGGUGCAUCGCGUCUCAUAUCAUGAUGGGUCGUACACGAUCCAAGCGGGCACGAUUCACGGCGUGACGCACAACUCCAAGUUCUCCAUACACUCCCAUCCCAACGACUCACUUCGGCCUCUGGCCACCAUGAGGGCGCUCAGUGUCAGCAGCUUCUACACUCGGCUCGAGCUUUGUACCCCAGUCAAACCGCGGAAAAUCCCAUCACCUGCCUUCGCCUUUCAAUUGCCGGUUCCCGGUGAGGAUGAUGUCCUGAACCUCGAUCUUUGUCAGAUAGAUCGGGUUCUUCCUCAUCUGCGUGCCUCGAUCGACCGAGGGAAAGCCGGCUACCCCGUCACGGUCAACGACAAGGACCCUCACAUCGCUCUCGAACUUAAACGCGGCCGUGUCAGAUACAAGAUCCGUUAUCCUGCGAUCCAAGACCUUGGUCAGAACUAUCUGGAUCUGACAACGGAUCUGGAUCCGAACAGUAUCAACACGGUAUUGCGAUCUGCGAGCCACUUCUUCUGGCACUUACGCCGAGUACCGCCCGGUGCUCAAGUCCUUCGGCAGAAGGUCUCGGUACAUCUUCACAGCAUGAAGCUCUUUGAUGAUCAGCUGGACGAUCACUUGCGGCCUACUUACAAGCCUAUGGAGCCCGAUCUUUUGGACGACGGAGCCUCUGUGGUCGAUGUCGUUGCCGGCAACACUAUAUAUGGCAUACGUUUGGAUAACAAGUCUAGCCGGGCGCUACACGUUUGGGCCUUCUACUUCGACUGCAGCGACCUCACCAUUAUGGAUUACCACAUGCCGUCUGCAGUUCAGACUGGCUACGAUGCUGAGGUAGAGCCAUCCCUCCCCGGAUACGGCAGUCUAUCGAUCGGUUACGGGCCGGGGGGAUCGCAGCCGUUCAAGUACACUCUCCGAAACGAGCAGAACGCAGACCUUGGCGUGAUCAAGAUAUUUCUCUCUACAGAGGCCGUCGACCUUCGUGGGCUCUUGCAAGACUCAGCUCGCACAGCUCAAUGCACAAAGCCGAAAGGAUUCAUGGAAGGACUUGAUCGCGGUUGCGUGAAGGAGAGUCUACCCGAAUCGAGGGAGACCUGGGAUACUCGCACCAUAUUCGUGAGGCAACGUAGGUCGGAGUAG